AUGACGUGCUCGCAGGUGGUCGACCCGGCGCGCGGGGUCCAGACGCCGAUGGAGUGUCUGUGGCGACACGGAUGCGUGGCCGUCGAUCUCCAGAGCGGACAGCCCGUCGCGGCGCGGCAAAUGGAGCACGGGGAAACAGUCAUGGCAACGCUGCGAUUUUUCAAGAGCUCAGGUGACGGCUUGGUCGUCGUUCCGCGCCGCGUGAUGCAGCAGAAGCAAAUAUGCGACGGUGGCUCCCGUCCGCUGCACUACUGGCAGGACCGCCUCGCCCCAGCCUGCACGACUGGGUGCAUGGACUACUGCGUGCCGGAGCCGCUCACGGAGCGUCGACAGCCCGUCGUGAGCCUGUCGGGCGUGACCGUCUUCGAGGGUGAGCGGCCAGAGAUCGCCAUGUUCGACACAGAGCGCAUAUCCGGGCGCGUGGACCGCAGCGCCGUGGUGACGCGCAACAUGGAGGCGUUCAAGACCGCCGCGCUCGUGCGGGCGCUCAAUAUCACGAGCGUCGAGACGAAGACGCUGUCGAUCAACGCCACCUUCCCCACGGCGUACCCCACGUGGCGGCCCAACAACCCCUUCAACGUCUACAACGUGGACGUCGACCACACCACCACGCUGUGGUCCACGGGCUUCCGGCCGCCGAACCGCACGCCGAACGUGACGUGCGUGGGCCCCGUCUUCUCCCCGACGUUCCCUGACAGCGCGGUGCAGACCAGCAAGUGCCCGACGGAGCACCCCGCCGCGCAGGUCGGCGCGCACGGCACGGCGGACUUCUCCCAGGUGACGACCCCGCUGAUGACGGCGUCCGGGACGUCGCCGAAGAUCCCGUACGGCAAUUUCACGGACGCGGACCUGGUGUUUUUCCACGACGACAUGGACAACGAGUUCGACAUGUCGGACACGUACGACGAGAGCAGCGUGCGGUUCGUGGUGAUCGGCGGGGCCACAUCCCUCGUGACGGAGCAGGAGUCGCUGCGGAUGUCGUGGCUGGACAUCUUCCUCGAACUGGGCGCGCUGUGGGGCAUUGUCGAGCUUGUCUGCGGGUUCCUGGUCAAGGAGUUCGAGGGCUGGAUGCGCAGCGAGAUCGAUCACACACGCAGGCAGCUGCGGACCGCGCGGCUGCUCCAGCGCGCCGCAUACGCGAACGAGGUCGCCGGGUCGGCACGCACGUCGCUGAACGCGGACCUCGAUGACGACGGGGACUCCGGAGGCGAGAAGGACCUGGAGAAGGGGGCGCAGCACCCGGUGCACGCGGGGAAGCUUCACACAGGCCCAGCGGCGUACGACAGUGACCCCGCUGGUGUGGACAGUGCACAGGAUCGGGCAGAGAGGGUCAGGAGGGCGCACGCUCGCAAGUCCGCGCUCGGGUUCACGAAGAUCGCCCCCGUGGACGACCACGUGCACGGGUUCCGGUCUAUGCGCGAGGAGUACGUCCUUGACAGGGAUGAGGCUGAGUGA